AUGUUGGCCAUUACGCAGAAGUCUGCACUUCUUCCGAAAGACUGUGCUACAACUGCAAGCAACCUGGUCACGAAUCAAACCAGUGCCCUAUGCCACGCACAACAGAGAGCCAUGUUCAAGCUGAUUGCCCUACUCUGCGCAUCAGCGGCGGUCCAGCAGGCGGCCGCUGCUAUUCAUGCGGCCAAAUUGGUCAUUUGGCACGCAACUGCCCUACCCCAUCCGGCGGACCGCCGACUCGAGGCGGCCGUGGUGGCUAUGGGUCAUAUAUCUCGCGAAUGCACUGCUCCCAACGGCGGCCCUCUGAACGCCGCCGGAAAGACCUGCUACAAGUGUGGACAACCAGGUCAUAUUAGCAAAGACUGCACCACCACAGAAGUCAAUGGUUCGGCAGUCGUUGUGACGAAUGGGACGCCUGCUGAUGGUGCUGCAGCUGCUCCUGCGGCAGAUACUACGGACAUUCCUGCUUCUGCUGCCCCAGCUGCGGCAGUAGCAUAA